AUUUGGAAGGCGGCCUUGAAGCGGAAGCCAUUACUCUCUGGAGUCGAUUGCCCCGAGACACAUGGGCCAAGGAGAGGUCCGCGGCGAAUUCUUUCGACCUGUUGGGGACCUCUCGCUUCCCCACGCCAGACGGGACCUCCCGUAUGAACUUCUCUUCGCUUCGGCAGCAGCUUCCGUCACCUCCGCUACCCGAUCCUACUCCCAGCCGUUGGCUCCCCAUCACUCAAAUUACCACCUGACUUCCACCUCCUGUCAGAUCGGCAGCGGCAUUCGAUUGUCAUAGGAGUGCAAACCCUAUUGUGCACUGCGCAUGUGAGGGAUCUAGGUUGUACACUCCUUAUGAGAAUCUAAUGCCUGAUGACCUGUCAUUGCCUCCCAAAACAAGCUCAGGGCUUCCACUGAUUCUACAUUAUGAUGCCGACUUGGAGAGGCCCGUGAGAGCAAGAGAGUAGCUUUCUAGUUGUCCCAGUGCCCUGUUCAGGCAAACUGACUGUCAUUCUUUGAGGAUGGCAGCUCUGUCCUCAACACUUGCCAUGUCCACCCGGGACUCCACCUAUCUCCAGGAGUCAGAAUUUCCUCUUUCUCCAAAAGACUGUUCCUGUCCCCAGAAUUUGGACCUGUUCGCAUGCAGCGGUCUGGAGCCUCACACACCCAGUGUUGGUUCCCAGGAAUCAGUGACUUUCCAAGAUGUCGCUGUGGACUUUACUGAAAAGGAGUGGCCCCUGCUGGAUUCUUCUCAGAGAAAGCUGUACAAAGAUGUAAUGCUGGAGAACUACAGCAACCUCACUUCGCUGGGGUAUCAGGUCGGCAAACCCAGCCUCAUCUCACACUUGGAGCAGGAGGAGGAGCCAAGGACAGAGGAGAGGGGCACACACCAGGGCGCUUGUGCAGAUUGGGAGACUCCAUCUAAAACCAAGUGGUCACUUCUUAUGGAAGAUAUUUUUGGGAAGGAAACACCCAGUGGUGUGACAAUGGAAAGAGCCGGUCUUGGAGAGAAGCCCACUGAAUACGCUCACUUGUUCGAAGUCUUCGGCAUGGGCACUCAUCUUACUCAGCCAAUGGGAAGGCACGCUGGCAAGAGGCCCUAUCACCGCCGCGACUUCGGGGUAGCGUUCAAGGGCAGGCCGCACCUCACUCAGCACGUGAGCAUUUACGACGGGAGAAAAAUGCACGAGUGUCAUCAGUGCCAAAAAGCCUUCACUACGAGCGCAUCCCUCACGCGGCACCGGAGAAUCCACACCGGGGAGAAGCCCUACGAGUGCAGCGACUGCGGGAAAGCCUUCAACGACCCUUCCGCCCUCAGGAGCCAUGCAAGGACUCACCUCAAAGAGAAGCCCUUUGACUGCAGCCAGUGUGGAAACGCAUUCCGGACCCUCUCGGCCCUGAAAAUCCACAUGAGGGUUCACACCGGUGAGAGGCCGUACAAGUGUGAUCAGUGCGGGAAGGCGUAUGGCCGGAGCUGCCACCUCAUCGCGCACAAGAGAACGCACACCGGAGAGAGGCCCUACGAGUGUCACGACUGUGGGAAAGCCUUCCAGCACCCCUCCCACCUCAAAGAGCACGUGAGGAACCACACCGGGGAGAAGCCCUACGAGUGCACGCAGUGCGGCAAAGCCUUCCGCUGGAAGUCGAACUUUAAUUUGCACAAGAAGAACCACAUGGUGGAGAAGACCUACGAAUGUAAAGAAUGUGGGAAGUCCUUUGGCGAUCUUGUGUCCCGGAGGAAACACAUGAGAAUUCACAUUGUCAAGAAACCCGUGGAAUGCCGGCAGUGUGGGAAAACUUUCCGAAACCAGUCUAUCCUUAAGACUCACAUGAACUCUCACACCGGAGAGAAACCCUACGGGUGUGACCUCUGUGGAAAAGCCUUCAGCGCGAGCUCAAACCUCACAGCACACCGGAAGAUACACACACAGGAGAGGCGCUAUGAGUGCGCCGCCUGCGGAAAAGUCUUCGGCGAUUAUUUAUCCCGGCGGAGGCACAUGAGCAUCCACCUUGUAAAAAAGCGCGUUGAGUGCAGGCAGUGUGGCAAAGCCUUCCGGAACCAGUCCACGCUGAAGACACACAUGCGAAGCCACACUGGGGAGAAGCCGUACGAGUGUGAUCACUGUGGGAAAGCUUUCAGCAUCGGCUCCAACCUCAACGUGCAUAGGAGGAUCCACACCGGGGAGAAGCCCUACGAAUGCCUCGUCUGCGGGAAAGCCUUCAGCGACCACUCAUCCCUCAGGAGCCACGUGAAAACCCACCGGGGAGAGAAGCUCUUUGUGUCGUCCGUGUGGAAAAGGCUCCAGUGAGCACAGCUGCUUUAAAGACACGGGAUUACUCAGACGGGAAACAGACCUCAUGGGUGUAAGAGGAAGCCUCUGUGAGCUGGCACCUUACUGAGUGCAAAAGAAUCCACAUAAUUUGGGAGGAAUCCAAUUCCUGUAAAAACUGGGAAGAUGAGGUGUCCUCAUCCUAUGGGAGAUUUGUGAGAACUCACACUGGGGGUGAAAAUGUACAUCUGUAGCAUGGAGAAGCCUUCGGGGUACAUUUGGCUCUUAACAAACACUAAGGCGAGAAACCCCAGCUUGGCAUUUAAUGCCAAAAUGGCUUCAGCACCAUUUGUAGCCUUCUGGGCCCAUAAGUAAUAAUAAGCACACUAGGGAGAAUCUCUACACACAGUGGGUGGGGAAACUCGACUCCUGGUCUCCCUCAUGACAGAAAUCACACUGAAGAGAGAAAUGAGCGAAGUAAGGAAUGUGGGAAGGUCAUGAAUGGGUCUACACACCAUGGCCAGCUGUCUUCGCGUGGCUUACAAGCUAACAACAGCUGCUCCGUCUUUAAAGAGGAAGAAUGUGCACAAUAGAGAACAUUUGUGGCCAGCGAAGUCUGAAAUACUUCCAGUCAUCUGUCCCACUCCAGAAAAACCUGGCCAACCCUUGGUCUACAGCAUGGGUUUUCAGCUGGGCAGCGAUUUUGCUAUCCGGGCAUCAUUUGGCAAUGUCUAGAGACAUUGUUGGUGGUUAGAACUGGGGAAAGGUUCUCCUGACUUGUAGUAAGAAGGCAUCAGGGAUGCUGCUAUGUCCCCUCCAGCACAUAGGAGCCCACCACAAUAAAGAGUCCAUGCCCCCAAACGUCACUGUUGCUGAGGUUGAAAACCUCAGUUACUGCCUGCAGCAACCCCUAAGUUUUUAUGAAUCUUGUGAGCACUUAUGCCAGGAGAAAUUUCUUCUACAAAACUUUAAAAAUACAAUCAGUGCUGAUAAUUCCUAUGUGGAAAUGAUUCUAGCCAUGGUCCCUCACUUGUGCAUGUGAAUAUUCUCACUGGGAGAGAUAAAUCUCCCAGUGAGGUUUUCCAGUGAAUACGGGAUUGCACUUACUCUCUAAUCAUGAAAACAGACCCCCCCCAACCCCACUCAUAAAUUUUUAUCUUUAUUUUUAAGGUUGCACUCUUCUAAAUAAACUCUUAAGCCUCAUCAAGAAA